AUGAGGAAAGUCUCGGGUGUAUCAAACCACCUGUGUCACAACUGUCAAGGAUCUCAUCGGACAAUCCAUAAGGGCUGUGAAGAAAUAAUUAAGGCCAAAGAAAUUAGCAAGAUUAUGGUAUAUGAGAAUCUACCCUUUAUACAAGCAAGGAGAAAAUAUGAGGAAAAAUACUCUGCUAGGUCUCCAGCACCAACUAGAACAAUCGAAAAUUUCCUGCAACUAAAUCCUAAAACUCAAACCCAGUUACAAGAAAAUGUCGCUCCUCUACUUUCCACCUCUCAAAAAUGGGCUGCCAGGACUAGUAGCAAUGUAGAAAUAGUUAGGAAGCACCUAAAGGAACUAAAAACGCCAAGUGUCGAGGAAGUCAGUCAAGCCUCAAAGGAAGAAAUCAGCAAACUUGUGGAAAUCAUAAACAGUUAUAAUAAAAAGACAUAA